AUGGUACAACUGCGCAUCUUGUUGUCUGUCGAAAGACCUUCGCAAGGAGCAGGACGCCUCAACCGCCGGCUGCAGGUGAUCAACCUACCCUCCCAGUGGCCAUCGAGGAAUGUCCUCACCUGCACGCUGAGGCUCUUCAUCCCCAACCUCAUCCCGGCACCGCUCAACAGCGCAAGAGCGCUGGGCCGGAAAUCACCGAAGAUAUCAAAGAUGGAUGUGUCUUCCGAGUCCGUCACUCUUCCGCAAGAACUCAGAGAAGAGACCUUGAAGCACCUACACACCUCACCUACCGCCCUUGCGUCCUGUGCGCUCGCCCAUCGCACCCUCACCCCGACUGCUCAGGCUCUCCUGUUCCAGAAAAUCAUUCUCACCGACGCACAUCGUGCGCGCAGCCUUAACAUCCUUCUGCAUACAUCCUCGCAUCUUGCCAGACAUGUUCGCUGCCUCAUCAUCAGCGAGUUUUACUCUGCCGAUGGCUGGAUCACGUCUGCGAACGUUGAAUUGGCCACAAUUCUCAACGCUCUGUCGAACAUCACGACACUUGCAUUACGCAGCAAACGUAUUGCAUAUGGGGACAUGGGCUACUUUCAGCACGUCUUGCGCCGUAGAGCUCGUGUUCUAUACGCGCUGGAGCUGAUGGGUGUGUCUGAUAUGCCUCCCGAGCUCGUCACAGGGCAUCGUUUGGCUUCCCUGCGGCUUAUCAAUGUGGUUCCCGCCAGAACCCAUACUUCCGUUGCAUCAGAGUCGGUUUCCAGAUACUGGCCAGCAGGUGCCCCCUGCGAGCCAACACCUCCCCCACGCUGCGCGCCGAGCACCCUCGAGCUCGUCUUGUUCGAGCCGUACACGCUCGAGAAAACCAUCGGCAGUAUCGACACGAGCAACCUCGCUCGCCUUCGCUUCGACCGGUCGAUCUGCGCAGCAGACCCUUACGGACUUGCCCUAAUCGCGCGAUGUGCACACACCCUGGAAGUGCUGGAGAUUGCUAUGCGCGGAGGAGGCCCUAUACCGUUGCCCGUCUUGCCGAGACUUCGUACCCUCGCCCUUGAUGUCCCAUUAGCAGAAUAUCCUCUGCUGCAUUGGCUUCAUAGCGCACCUAAUCUCAGGCGACUUAUCCUCUGCACGAGGCAAGAUGAGCCCGCUAUAACGCGUACCUCUCAUGGUCCUACGCUCGAACUAGGGGAGGACAAAGUCCACGAGGAGGAGUUGAAAGCCUGCCCGCAGUUGAAAAGAAUAGACUGCGUCUUCGAGGCGGAUGAGCCGCAAGGGCCGCUAAUGGCUGAACGCGAGGAGCUCAUCGGUACCCUUGGGCCUACGGUGAAGGUAAUGAAAGUAUGGGCACCAGACUUGGAUUUCGUGAAGGGGUUCCUAUACCCAGGCAUGGCUUGGCCCGACAUUCUCGAUCGGGAGUGGGACUGA